CGCGUAUCUCCCUUCAUUGGCUUUGGGCUCGAGAUGGAUUUGACGUACCAGAGCAGCAGAAGCUAAAGCGGAUAGCCAAACAAGCAGCAUAAUAUUUUUACUACACCUCAAAUCAAUCAUGCAAGAAGAGUCGCAAGCGGAUCGUCGCAGGGGUGUCGAUAUCGAGGAGUAAUAUUCACUCCUUUAUCCAUUCCCAGUUGUCGAUGAACUUGUAGCGACUAAAGCAGUGCAGUGAAAUAAUACUAAUCAAACGCCACAGGAAGAUAAACACAAGGAAAGCGCUUGCUCGCCUCUUUUCAUGCAUGUCUCAACAUUAGAGGUUUAAACACCAUGUCCGGCUCUGGCAACCUCAUUUGGGAUGUGAGAAAACGCACCAUCGGAUGCACAGAUCCAUGCGCGGUCAGGACAAAUUAUUUAGGCAGAAAAGAGUUUGUGCAGCGACUGAAGCUCGAAGCCGUUCUCAAUGUGCAUGAUGGAUGUGUUAACACAAUAUCCUGGAAUGACACAGGGGAGUACAUCUUAUCAGGUUCAGAUGACACUAAAUUGGUUAUCACAAACCCUUACAACAGAAAGGUCAAGACAACAAUUCGUUCAGGACACCGGGCCAACAUCUUUAGCGCAAAGUUCAUGCCCCACACUAAUGAUCAACAGAUUGUGUCCUGCUCAGGAGAUGGCAUCAUUUUCUAUACACAUACAGAGAAGAGCCAAGAAAUCAACAGACAGUGCCAGUUCACCUGCCACUAUGGCACCGCUUAUGAGAUAAUGACGGUGCCAAACGACCCUUACACCUUCUUGUCCUGUGGAGAAGAUGGUACAGUGAGGUGGUUCGACUUACGCAUGAAAACUAGCUGCACAAAGGAGGACUGUAAAGAUGACAUUUUGAUUAAUUGUCGGAGAGCUGCUACCUCAAUAUCCAUUUGCCCCCUGGUCCCCUACUAUCUUGCUGUGGGAUGUUCUGAUAGCUCAGUAAGGAUCUAUGACAGAAGAAUGCUUGGAACAAGAGCUACGGGUAACUACAUGGGCAGAGGGACGACAGGAAUGUGUGUACGUUUCGUCCCAGCCCACCUGUCCACCAAAUCCUGCCGCGUCACAUCACUGUGUUACAGUGAAGAUGGACAGGAUGUGCUGGUCAGUUACUCAUCUGACUACAUCUACCUGUUUGACCCCAGAGAUGACCAGGCCAGGGAGCUCAAAGGACCUUCUGAAGAGCGGAGAGAGGAGCUGAGGCAGCCCCCAGUAAAACGUUUACGUCUGAGGGGGGACUGGUCGGACACAGGACCACGCGCUCGGCCCGAGAGUGAGAGGGAACGUGAUGGAGAGCAGAGUCCAAAUGUGUCGCUCAUGCAGAGGAUGUCGGACAUGCUGUCACGCUGGUUCGAGGAGGCCAGCGAGGCACAGAGCAGCAGAGCACGUCCGCAAACACGACCCAGAGGUACAGCAGCUCAACCCGAAGGGCCUUUUGCGACCUCAGAGACACGCACACAGGCUCAGGGGCCCACUGAGGUGUCAGCUGAAGGAGCGAUGGAAGUGGAGACACCCGCCCCUGAUCCUCCCUCUGCUCCUGCUGCAUCUGCAGAGCCUCUCCCCAAAUCUGCCUCCUCCUCCUCUUCCUCAGGCUCCUCCUCCACUGUGACAGCUCCUCCCCCCUCCAGCUCCUACUCUAUGGGGAGCGCUGCCUCCUCCUCUAUCCUCUCCUCCCCAGAAAUAGAGCAGAAGAGCCAGGAUGAGGUUACACCCACUCCAUCAGCCAUGCCUACUCCGUCAGCCACACCCACCCUGUCGAGAGAAGCAGCUUUAUCUGAAUAUGGUCCUCACAGGCUGCCGGUAAGUUUAGUGUGUAGACGUUUGCAGAGACUGCUUCUCUUGUCUGACCCCCCGGGACAGGGCCGACGCACAACCCCCUCUGUACCUGUGACCUCCGGCCCAGAAAGCUCAGCCUCAAUACGGGCUGCUGCUGCUGACACUGGUCCCCCUGCAGGUUCUCCCUCGUCUGUGGUAAACAAACAGCUCGGAUCCAUGACUCUAGAUGAGGAGCAGGGAGGUGCAAAAGCAACAGGAAGUGUAAUCAGUGAUCAGAGUGCAGUUUCCCCAGAGACUACAGAAAGCAUGCCAUCCACAUCAGCACCUUCACUUGGCACAAGCCCUGGCAACAGCAGUGGAAGUCGCAGCACUCCUCCAGGGCCUGGGCGACUGGGCACAGCAGAACCGGUCCUUAGUCUGCACUACAGCACUGAAGGCACCACCACCAGCACCAUCAAACUAGACUUCACGGAUGAGUGGUGCAGUCCAGCAUCUAGCUCCAAGGGUAGCAGUGGUGGACGUAAACCUGUAGAAGUUGGUGAGAGCCAGACCAGAGAAGAGCCUGUAGGAGAAAGCUUAGAGCAGGCAGCUUCAAGCCCAGCAUCAAAGAGUCAACCCUCACCCAAGGGGGGCAAAUCUGCUGACGGUGGCACGGAAAAAGCCUCUGUCAGCUCUCAGGACAACACGCCAGUGCAGGGCCCAGCAGAGGUUUUGUCUCCUGAAGACACCGCUAGUCCCACAGAGGAACUCCAGGCUGCAGGCUCGGAGGUGUUGAGCAAUCGGUGCAGGAGGAGCGACACCCCAGGAGAGGGCAGUCAGGGUCCUGCUCAAACCUCUCGCAAUAAUCAGGACUCUGAUGACAGCGAUGAUGACCCCAUCCUUAUCCCUUCAGCCAGGUAUAGAGGAGGGCAGGGACAGAGAUUUAAUUUCAGAGGAUCAGCUGUAGGUGAUAGGAUGAUCAGACGCUCUGCCGCGGCCCGCAUCCAGGAGCUGUUUCGCAGGAGAAAAGAGAGGCGUGAGAUGGAGGAGAGCGAGACCCAGAACAUCAGGAGACCCUCUGUUAAGAUGAUGUACAAGGGUCACCGCAACUCUAGGACUAUGAUUAAGGAGUCGUGUUUCUGGGGUAACAACUUUGUGAUGAGCGGCUCGGACUGUGGCCAUAUCUUCAUUUGGGACAGACACACAGGAGAGCACCUGAUGCUACUGGAGGCCGACAACCACGUGGUCAACUGCCUGCAGCCUCACCCUUAUGACCCCAUUCUUGCAUCAUCUGGAAUUGACUAUGACAUCAAGCUGUGGUCACCUUUAGAACAGUCUCCAUCAUUUAACAAAGGACUUGCUGAAGAGGUGAUUGCUCGUAAUGAGUUAAUGCUGGAGGAGACGAGGAACACCAUCACCGUCCCUGCUUCUUUUAUGCUCAGAAUGCUGGCAUCACUAAAUCAUAUCAGAACAGAUCGUGUGGAGGGUGACCGUUCGGAAGGCUCUGGACAAGAGAACGAGGAUGAUCAGUAGCUCUACCGCUCCGAGCAAAGUGUUUUUGCUACAGUGCACUUGAGCAUUUAAGAUUUGUACAAGUUACAAAAUAGAAUAUUUCUUUAUUAGUUCAGUUUUUUGGCAUUGUUAUUUUUUAAUAAGACUUUUUUCUUACUGAUUACUCUAUAUGAGAGUAAAUUGCAUCCGGGAAGCUCAUGCAAACAAAGUGAUAUCUAAGAAAUAAAAAGACUAGUCUAGAUGGCUGGUGCUUCAGACUAUUUAAGUGCAAUAUUCAUUUUGUUAAAAGGAAAUGGUUGAGCUUUGAAUGGUGUUAUUAAGUGUGAAAUCUUAUUGUAGCCUGAAAGAAGAACUCUGUUUGUAUACCGGAAAUUAUGCAUGUCAAAUAGGAGUUUGCCGAAAACACGUUCACUUGGCCAAUAACUAUGUUGUGUAAAAAGAUGGCUCUUUGUCAUUUCUAAAUCUUGUGUUGCACAAGGAUUCUCUGACUAACCCUAAUUACAGGUACUACUUGCAAUAUUUCAGUAUCCAAAACAGGCAUUAAAAAUUGUUUCAGAAUGCUUAUCAAAGAACAUUAAAAUGAGAAUGCUUUUGGCUUUGAUCAGUCAAUACAUACAAACCUACUGCUGUCAAGCCAAAUGGUUCUAGCGUUAAUUGGCAGGUCGUGUUUCACUCUCCUAACAGCACAGAUGGCCUUUGUUUUGGCAGCUGUUGGCUUGAGCAUUCUGCUAAGUGACUUGUGAUUGCUGGGUGCCACUCAGAUGAAAAAUCUCAUCUAGUGUGCCAUUCUAUUCCAACCUCAUCCAGCACUGUUAAGGAAUGUAAGCCUUUUAAAAUGUUUGUGCACAGAUUAAGUUCUGAAUCCUUUUCAAACAUGUACCAGAAGACAUUAAAUGUGUUGUGAAUUUAACAAAAA